AUGGUAACAGAGCCGAAUCUGGACAAGAACGACGGAACGGAGCCCAAGGCAAGGAAGAAGGAGAAGAAGAAGAAGACGGAGCGGCGGGCAGAAAAGGAGAAAGCCGCGCUGCCCGCGUCGGCCCGCAGGGCUGCGCAGUCUGCCGUGGUGACAGCGGCCGAGGUCCGGAAGCGGCCUCGCGAGGAGACACUCUCGGCGAAGGCGCCCAAGUUGCCCGAGCCGCCAGAGCAUUCGCCCGCUGCUGACGCCAGCGAGGCUGCGGCUGCCGACCAGCCCAAGCCGUCGCUGGAGGAGGCGGAGGCGGCGGCGGGCCGGACGAUGCACAAGGACUCGAGAGAGGCCGCCGAGGCUGCCAUCACCCAGGGACGGCGCGUCUACGUCUCCAACCUCCCGUUCAGCACGUCGGACGAGUGGGUGCGGACCAGCUUUUCGGCGGUCGAGUCGAUCCAUUGGAUUGCCGCCAAGGGGAGCGGCUUCCGCGGCUCCGGCUUUCUCACAUUUGCCAGCGCCGAGGCCGCCACCGAGGCGGGUCUGCUUCGGCUCCGCCCUCUCGCGGCGAGCUGCGUGUUCGUGCGCAACCUGCCCGCUGAGCAGUGGAGCCUCGAGGCGGUGAGGAGGAUCUUCGAGGCUUGCGGCCCGCCCGCCGCCAUCCGCCUUCCCAAGAAGGGCAAGGCGGCGAUCCGCUUCAAGACGGCCGCAGCAGCAGCGGCGGCAGCAGCGAGGGACGGCGAGGAGAUUGGCGGCCGCAAGGUGGCGCUCAACCCGGUGCGCGUGCUCCUCACAUCCGCCCUCGCCGACCCCGAGGCCGAGGCGGAGGAGGCGCGCCGCAGGGCACGCGGCGGCGCGGCGGCGGCGGCGCGGCAAGAGCAGCUUCCAGCGCCCCCGACGCUCGGCGAGCCAGGGUACCGCUCGAGCCACGCGCGGCGGGGAGGGCCGCGAGAGCGGGCGCACAGCCGGCAGCGGCGACCGCGCCGCACGGCCGAGGAUCCGGCCGCCGAAUCGCAGGGCCACUGA